AUGAGAGGAACCUGCAGGUCAAAAUUCCAGCAAUGGUGCACAGAUCAAUUCCGUAGAAAAAAUUUGGAGGAAUUGGGUUUCUUGAAAAAGCAAGAAAUUGACAAGGAUGGCCUGGAAUCGGAUCCCAAAAAGAGUGAAAUCCUCCAUGAAUGCUUCUUAGUUUACCGUCGUGGCCAAUGGAAGAAGAAGACGGAAGUGAAGAGGGAGGCGAGAGCUAUUGUGACAGCUGCUAAUUCUGGCAAACCCCAAGAAGGUGAAAUCAUUUCAAAGUGCCAUGAUUCAAAGAAGAGGAAGCUUCUCAUUGGAGUCUCUGCAGCUAAUAAAUCAGAGGAGGAGGAAGUAUCACAAGAGGAUGUUCAAGUUUCUGGAAUUGGGUGUGUGAUUUCGGUGGGCUUCUUGAAACUAUCUGUUAAUAAAAGACCAAAAAUCAGCAGAAUUCUAGCCAAUUUCUCGCUGGAAAGGCAAGGGAGCCAUAUAUGCACUAAGUGUAACCAAUGGUUCAAUUCAGGUCAGGCUUUAGGUGGCCAUAUGAAGAAACAUUUUGUUAGAAAGAAGCAUAUAGCCAAGUUGAAAGCUCAUCAUUCUUCAAAGUGGUUGACAAUGGGUUCUCAAGUUGAAUUGGGAGGAGAGAGAAAGAAUGGGGGAGAACAGAGAAGGGAUGAAGAUAGAAUGGGGAUUAUGGAUCUUAAUGGGGUGAUGCCUAUUGAAGAUGAAGAUUUGAAAUUUGCUAUAAGUAUGUUGGAGGUGGUGCCUGCUUAUGCUGGUUAUGUGAGAUCUAGACUUUUCAUGAUCUCCGAGGCAUAA